UUAUAAAAAUUAACAUGUGGACACAUCUCCUUCAAGUUGGCAAGCUUACCACCGGACGAUAUGAAUGCUGUGUAUAACAUGAGAUUGCUAGAGGCAUCAGCAGAAACUAAAAAAAGCUCAAUUGCAACCUUCUCACUUAAGUUUGAUGUUCACAAGAAGAAGCAUGCUGCUAGAAAUGACCGUCCUGGUGAAGAAGUGACGUGGCAACUAUCUCGAUUUUACCCUAUGGUAGAGGAACUUAUUGAAAAUCUAAGUAAAGGUGAACUACCGAAGGGUGACUACCCAUGUAUGAAUGAUCCAAGUCCAUCUUUCCAUGGAACCUCCCAGACAGCAUCAUCAGUACGGAUAGGUCAAGGUCCAGCUCCUCAUUCAAUGAGAUCAAGACGGACUGCUACAUGGGCCCGUCCUCGGAACUCUGAUGAUGGUUAUUCAAGGUAAAUUGACUGGGUUUCAUCUU